UCGCGGCGCCGCGUGCUUGCUGGGUUUGCCUGGGCUCUCGGCCUCUCUGCGGGCAGGGGGUCCUCCCUCCCCAGCGCCGGGUCUCUCCUCCCGCGGGCCCGCGGCCACCCACAGCGGCAUUCCCCGCCGCCGCCCCCGGCCACCUGCGCGGCCGUCCUGACAGCUCGAGUCCGCUCCUCCCGCUUAGGGGCGGCUGCGGAGGGCGCGGGGCGCGCGUCGGCGGCCACCCGACUCUUCCCUCCCUUCUCCCCACCCCAGCCCGCUCCUGCUCAGCCCCACCUCCCCACGCACUCGGCUGCCCUCCUCUCUCCUGAGACUUGCCCCGCACCUUGGGCGAGGAGUUCGGAGCGGCCCCAUCGCAGAGCCCACGGCCGGCCGAGCGCGCGCGACGCAGGUGCCUGAGCCCCGGCGCCGCCGCCAUCUCUGCCUUCGGUCGAGUUGGACCCCCGGAUCCGGAUCAAGGCUUCCUGCCUACUUUGGAAACUGAAGGGACUGCCACCUAAAACAGUGUACUGCUCUGAAGUAAGAUGAUUUGUCAAAAAUUCUGUGUGGUUUUGUUACAUUGGGAAUUUAUUUAUGUGAUAACUGCAUUUAACUUGUCAUAUCCAAUUACUCCUUGGAGAUUUAAGUUAUCUUGCAUGCCACCAAAUUCAGCCUAUGACUACUUCCUUUUGCCUGCUGGACUCUCAAAGAAUACUUCAAAUUUGAAUGGACAUUAUGAGACAGCUGUUGAGUUUAAUUCAAGUGAUACUCACUUUUCUAACUUAUCCAAAACAACUUUCCACUGUUGCUUUCGGAGUGAGCAAGAUAGAAACUGCUCCUUAUGUGCAGACAACAUUGAAGGAAAGACAUUUGUUUCAACAGUAAAUUCUUCAGUUUUUCAACAAAUAGGUGUAAACUGGAACAUACAGUGCUGGCUAAAAGGAGACUUGAAAUUAUUCAUCUGUUAUAUGGAGUCAUUAUUUAAGAAUCCAUUCAAGAAUUACAACCAUAAGGUCCAUCUUUUAUAUGUUCUGCCGGAAGUGUCAGAAGAUUCACCUCUGGUUCCCCAAAAAGGCAGUUUUCAGAUGGUUCAUUGCAAUUGCAGUGUUCAUGAAUGUUGUGAAUGUCUUGUGCCUGUGCCAACAGCCAAACUCAGCAACACUCUCCUUAUGUGUUUGAAAAUCACAUCUGGUGGAAUAAUUUUCCAGUCACCUCUAAUGUCAGUUCAGCCCAUAAAUAUGGUGAAGCCUGAUCCACCAUUAGGUUUGCGUAUGGAAAUCACAGUUGAUGGCAAUUUAAAGAUUUCUUGGUCCAGCCCACCAUUGGUACCAUUUCCACUUCAAUAUGAAGUGAAAUAUUCAGAGAAUUCUACAACAGUUAUCAGAGAAGCUGACAAGAUCAUCUCAGCUACAUCCCUGCUGGUAGACAGUAUACUUCCUGGGUCUUCAUAUGAGGUUCAGGUGAGGGGCAAGAGACUGGAUGGCCCAGGAAUCUGGAGUGACUGGAGUACUCCUCAUGUCUUUACCACACAAGAUGUCAUAUACUUUCCACCUAAAAUUCUGACAAGUGUUGGAUCUAAUGUUUCUUUUCACUGCAUCUAUAAGAAUGAAAACAAGAUUGUUUCCUCAAAAAAGAUUGUUUGGUGGAUGAAUUUAGCUGAGAAAAUCCCUCAAAGCCAGUAUGAUGUUGUGAGUGAUCAUGUUAGCCAAGUUACUUUUUUCAAUCUGAAUGAAACCAAACCUCGAGGAAAGUUUACCUAUGAUGCAGUGUACUGCUGCAAUGAACAUGAAUGCCAUCAUCGCUAUGCUGAAUUAUAUGUGAUUGAUGUCAAUAUCAAUAUCUCAUGUGAAACUGAUGGGUACUUAACUAAAAUGACUUGCAGAUGGUCAACCAAUACAAUCCAGUCACUUGCGGGAAGCACUUUGCAAUUGAGGUAUCGUAGGAGGAGCCUUUACUGUUCUGAUAUUCCAUCUAUUCAUCCCAUAUCUAAGCCUAAAGAUUGCUAUUUGCAGAGGGAUGGUUUUUAUGAAUGCGUUUUCCAGCCAAUCUUUCUAUUAUCUGGCUAUACAAUGUGGAUUAGGAUCAAUCACCCUCUAGGUUCACUUGACUCUCCACCAACAUGUGUCCUUCCUGAUUCUGUGGUGAAGCCACUGCCUCCAUCCAGUGUGAAAGCAGAAAUUACUAAAAACAUUGGAUUAUUGAAAAUAUCUUGGGAAAAGCCAGUCUUUCCAGAGAAUAACCUUCAAUUCCAGAUUCGCUAUGGUUUGAGUGGAAAAGAAGUACAAUGGAAGAUGUAUGACGUUUAUGAUGCAAAAUCAAAAUCUGUCAGUCUCCCAGUUCCAGACUUCUGUGCAGUUUAUGCUGUUCAGGUGCGCUGUAAGAGGUUAGAUGGAUUGGGAUAUUGGAGUAAUUGGAGCAAUCCAGCCUACACAGUUGUCAUGGAUAUAAAAGUUCCUAUGAGAGGACCUGAGUUUUGGAGAAUAAUUAAUGGAGAUACUAUGAAAAAGGAGAAAAAUGUGACUUUACUUUGGAAGCCCCUGAUGAAAAAUGACUCAUUGUGCAGUGUUCAGAGAUAUGUGAUAAACCAUCAUACUUCCUGCAAUGGAACAUGGUCAGAAGAUGUGGGAAAUCACACUAAAUUCACUUUCCUGUGGACAGAGCAAGCACACACUGUUACAGUUCUGGCCAUCAAUUCAAUUGGUGCUUCUGUUGCAAAUUUUAAUUUAACCUUUUCAUGGCCUAUGAGCAAAGUAAAUAUCGUGCAGUCACUCAGUGCUUAUCCUUUAAACAGCAGUUGUGUGAUUCUUUCCUGGAUACUAUCACCCAGUGAUUACAAGCUAAUGUAUUUUAUUAUUGAGUGGAAAAAUCUUAAUGAAGAUGGAGAAAUAAAAUGGCUUAGAAUCUCUUCAUCUGUUAAGAAGUAUUAUAUCCAUGAUCAUUUUAUCCCCAUUGAGAAGUACCAGUUCAGUCUUUACCCAAUAUUUAUGGAAGGAGUGGGAAAACCAAAGAUAAUUAAUAGUUUCACUCAAGAUGAUACUGAAAAACACCAGAAUGAUGCAGGUUUAUAUGUGAUUGUGCCAGUAAUUAUUUCCUCUUCCAUCUUAUUGCUUGGAACAUUAUUAAUAUCGCACCAAAGAAUGAAAAAGCUGUUUUGGGAAGAUGUUCCAAACCCCAAGAAUUGUUCCUGGGCGCAAGGACUUAAUUUUCAGAAGGUACGGGGUUUUGUCAUGUUGCCCAGGCUGGUCUUGAACUCCCAGGCUGAAGUGAUCCACCCACCUCGGCCUCCCAAAAUGCUGGAAUUACAGAGAACGGACAUUCUUUGAAGUCUAAUCAUGAUCACUACAGAUGAACCCAAUGUGCCAACUUCCCAACAGUCUAUAGAGUAUUAGAAGAUUUUUACAUUUUGAAGAAGGGGAGCAAAUCUAAAAAAAAUUCAGUUGAACUUCUGAGAGUUAACAUAUGGUGGAUUAUGUUGAUUUAGAACUUAAAAUAGAUGUAUAAAUUUGGGUUCAAAAUAUAGAUUUGAGUCCAGUUCAGUUUGGAUGUAUGAUUAAUUUUCAAAUCAUCUAAAGUUUAAAAGUAAUAUUCAUGAUUUCUGGCUUUUGAUUUGUCAUAUUCCUGGUCAUAAAACAUUAAGAAAAUUAAGGCUGUUGCUGUCAUUACAUAUCUAUUAAAUGUCAUCAAAUACGUAGUAGACAAUGCUGUAAUUAGGUGAACUCUAAAACUGCAACGUCUGACAAAUAGCUUUAAAAAUACAAUGAUUGUAAGUAUAGAAUCAGUGAAAAUAUUUAGUUUGUAUUUUUAUGUCCAAAAUUUUCCAUUUUAGAUUCCUUUAUAGACACCUCAGCCUAAAAACCAGCCUAUUCGGGUGUUCUUCUGAAUAUUUCCUGGCAUUUUUAUAUCUAACUUUGUUCAGCCUGAGAAUUUCAGUUUUCAAUAUCCUUGAAAAUGGCUUAAGUGCUAACUUCUGUUUCAGUUAAAAGAAAGCCCGAAGUUGUGUUUCUGCUGGUCACAGGACAGUGGGAGUUACAGUUCAUAUAAGAAUGACCCUACGUAUCCAGGUCAGAUGGACCAGAUCAGAAAGGAACAUCAACUUCUAAUCCAGCUUUCUUGUUUAAUUAUGACCUAAAUCUAAUUUACUUCCACUAAACCAUCCAAGACCUCUGGCAGGCAGGGAAAUGGGCAGUGAUGCAAGAAAGGGAGACUCUUUGGAGCUUUUACAAAUAGUUCAUGGUGAGGACAGGACUUUUCUACUUUCAAACAGACCGCUUGCUGGUUUUAUGAAUUCAGCACACGAAUUACGCUGUGUUGCUCACAUUCAAACCAAACCAAAGACUGUGUUUAAUGAACUCAGUAUUCAAAUUUAUUAUAUGUAAGUAUAUAUAUAUAUAUAUAUAUAUAUAUAUAUAUAUAUAUAUAUAUGGAUCCCUUAUAUUUAGAUUUUACUCAUAGUUUUAUUUGAAAGUAGAAAAGAACUCUACAAAAACAGGAAGAAUGUGUCUUUCUUCCAUUCUUGACUACUAAUAGAUGUCAUUGAAAUGUAAAAUCUAAAUGUGAAAUUAUGAAAGGAUAUUCUUUACUGCCCACUGAACACAUAUUUAAUAUGUGCCCAGAUUAUUCUAAAAUCUUUAAAAAAGAUGCACAUCAUGAAAUUUUGUAAAUGAAUAUACUUUUAAUAAAGUUUUAUAACUCACUGACAAAACAUAUUUCAAUAGUAUAUGAGUAUGAGAUUUCUUAUCAAGUAUGAGUGAAAUAUUCUAUCUGAAUGCAUUUGAAGGCAUUUACAGUAUUUGAUUUCAACAGAUACUGAUAAUGACAUUUUAGAGAGCAUGAAAUAUAUCAAACACGUCAUUUGAAGGACAUAUGUGAUCUUGACUAUGGUUAUGGGUUUUUUUUGUAUGUAUUCCUUGUUUCAUAUUGAUAGCAUCUAAUUCCUUUAUUUGACAAUCUUAAUAUGUAGGUUCAUUUAAAUUUUAAGACAGUUCAGUCCAUAUAUAGUAGAAGCCUAAAGAAAAAAGAAAACGGGCAAGCAAAUAUUUGAAGAAAAUUAUAGAACUAUAGAUUUCUUUAGGAAAAAAACAGACAUAGGAACAGUUUUCUCUUCAUAUAUUAUGAUUGUGAAUAAUAGGAAAAAUUGUAUUAAUUCAGUAUUUGUCAUUAUGCAGUAUUUUAAUACCUACAUAAGUAUUUUAUUAUUACAUUUUGUGCUUGGUAUAUUUAUUCUUUUAUGUUUUUAAUCACUAACAUAAUCUACUUAAGAGUAUAAAACUAUGCUAAAUAAAUUGUAUUGUAUCUGGAAUAUACUUGCCAUUAUGAAGAACAGCUGGGUAUACCAUUAUUUCAAGCAAUGAAUCUGAAUUCUAUUAGUUUAAAAAUUGUAAAAUUCAAGUUAAAUGACAUGUAUGAUAUAUAAGCUUAACACAUUUUCUAUAGACCUUAAUUUAGUUGUGUGAAUUUUUCAAUGUGAUGUAUCAACAGCUUUUUUUAUUUUGCAUUUAUUUUUUCAAUGUGUUUACAUUGUAUGAAUUGAGAUUUUUGCCUGCAGAUUCUUGAUUUGUAGUUGCUUGGCAGGAUUUUUCUUUGUGAUAUAAUCAUUUCUAUAAAAAAUAUGAUGUACA